AUGCUACCCGACCUGAUACGAAUAGUUGUAUGUGGUGAUGAAUCCGUUGGGAAGUCAUCCCUAAUACUGUCUUUCACCAGAGAAUCAACGACAGACUCAUCUAUUACCCACGUGUUGCCACCGAUCACCAUAUCACGAAACGAUUAUGAAGAAGUUGUACGCGAGGUACCAUCUGUGAUUCAAGAACGAGACACGAAUCACGUCAAUCGCAACAGUCGUGAUAUUAGCGAUAGUUACAACCAAAUGAAUGUCAUCGAUAUUUUGCCGUACGUACCCAACACAACGACCAUUGUUGACACAAAUUCAUCUGAUGUAUCUUCACUACAUAAAGAACUCAAGCGGGCAGAUGUGAUCUGUCUAGUUUAUUCCGACCAUUACACUUAUGAGAGAAUAUCUUUACACUGGAUGCCCAUGCUCAGAUCUCUUGGAGUCAACUUACCAAUCAUUUUAUGUGCCAACAAGUCAGACUUGUCACCAAGAUCGGCAUGGAAAAAUCAAGAUAAUGAAGAGUUUCUUCCGUUGAUUAAUGAAUUUAAAGAGAUUGAGGCGGGGCUACGAUGUAGUGCUUUGAAUGGCUAUAAUAUAGUGGAGGUAUUCUAUAUAUGCCAACGAGCAAUUGUGUACCCCAUUUCACCCCUUUUCGAUGCUAUAGAACAUAAUUUAAGACCGCGCGCUAUCGAAGCGCUCAAACGAGUAUUUUUCUUAUUUGACGCUGAUCAGGAUGGGUACUUGAGCUUUGAUGAAUUUAAUGAAUUGCAUAAAAAAUGCUUCAAAAAGGAAGCUUCUCGGGAGGAUUUCGAUGACAAUGUCAAUUACAUUCAUUCUAAAAUAUUGUCUAACGGAGAAAAUGAUGGUAUCAGCGAGGAUGGGUUCAUGCUACUACACAAAUUCUUUGCCGAGUCAGGCAGACAUGAAACAACCUGGAUCAUAUUGCGUGCCAAUCAUUACACCAACUCGCUAUCAUUGGAUGACAAGUUUCUUUAUCCUCAUCUCGACGUGAAUCUCGAUUCCAGCGUUGAAUUGAGCCCUACUGGUUACAAGUUUUUUGUUGAUUUAUUUCUCACAUUUGACAGGGAUAACGAUGGUGGAUUGAAUGAAGUUGAGAUUGAUAACCUCUUUCAACCAACUCCAGGCAUUCCCAAAUUGUGGCUGGAAACAAAUUUCCCAUCAUCAAUUGUAUGCAACGAAGGGGGAUAUGUUACACUACAAGGGUGGCUUGCCCAAUGGAAUUUAACCACAUUUUUGAACUACAAGACCACGUUGGAAUAUUUGGCCUACUUAGGAUUUGACGAGGGAAAUUCAGUCAAGGCUCUAAAAGUAACCAAACCUAGGAAGAUUCGACAGAAGCAAGGAAAGAUUUACCGCAGUUCUGUAAAUGAUCGAAAUAUAUUUUAUUGUUUCGUUGUUGGAGCUCCAAAAGCAGGAAAGAGCUCGUUAUUGGACCUGUUUUUACAUGGAUCAUAUAGUGAAAUGUAUUCGCCAACUAUUCAACCACGUUUGGUGAUUAAAGAUAUCGAGUUGAGAGGAGGGAAACAGUGCUACUUGAUUUUGGAGGAGUUGGGUGAGUUAGAGUCGGCUAUAUUAGAAAACAAAAAGAGAUUAGAUGAAUGUGAUGUGAUAUGCUAUACUUAUGAUUCGUCUGACCCUGAGAGCUUCCAGUACUUGGUAGAUUUACGACAAAAGUAUGCCAACUUGGACGAAAUACCAUCAGUGUUUGUGGCAUUGAAAGCAGACUUGGAUAAACAGCAACAGAGGUCGGAUGUGCAACCGGAGAAUUAUACACGAGAUUUGUUUUUAAGCUCGCCUUUGCAUAUAUCAUCGUCUUGGACUUCGUCAUUGCAGGAACUAUUUAUACAACUAGUAGAUGCAGCAAAGAAUCCAGCGAGUGCAACACCUGGGUUGGAAACAGAAAAGGCUGUUGACCAAGAGAAAACAAAGCAUUUGAUAAUGGCUGGUGGAGCGAUUGGUGUGAUGGCUCUCAUGUCCAUUUGGAUGUUGAAUAGUAUGCGACGUAGAUAA